AUGGUCCGCAGCGAGGCGGCCUCCGCCGGCGUGAUGUUCACGCUCGACACCGAGUCUGGAUUCCAAGACGUCGUCUUCGUCACCUUGGCGUGGGGCUUCGGCGAGACUGCGGCCGGAAGGACCGUCAACAUCGACGAGUUGUACGUCUUCAAGCCGACGCCGCGGGAGGGCGCGGAGGCCGUAGUCUCCAAGACGAUUGGCUCCAAGCUCGCCAAGAUAGUGUACGCCAAGGCGGCGGCAACGAGACCAUCAGUACCACCCCCGAGAGGCGUGCUGGCCGCUUUCGGAGUCGCCCCAGGAUCAGUUUCAGAGCGCCGCGCCAUUGGUGACCAGUUCCUUGGCACCUGCAACAGUCAG